AUAUGCAAAUCUUGACCUUUGAUAAACGUGAAACCGCACUUCAUGAGGCGCGAAACUCAUAACCCUCUGCGGUUCCUAAUUUCGCCCAAAUUCUCUUUCCGCCUCUUCACUCACUCACUCACACUCUGCUCCGUAAAACUGUAAUGGAAGCAUUCCAUGCUCCGAAUGACAAGUCUGAAGAGAAGGUUCUUAAUGCAAUAGAAGAUGUACAAAAUGAACCGCAAGAGACUGAAGAACAUGAUUCAAAGAGAUUUAAGUUGUGCACACCUGAUAUUAAAGCUGUGGUGAACAUUAAAUUUUCUGUUUCUGAUGUCAAGAGCAAUUACAGGGAUGCUACCCUUUUACCAAAAUGGAAGGCAUUCCAAACAGUCAUAUUUCUUGAACGGGAUGAUGGUCUGUAUGAUUCAAGUAAAAUUGCUGCAUUUGAUUUUGAUGGAUGCCUUGCAAACACAGAUGUGAAAAGAGUGGGUGAAAAUGCUUGGUCCCUCAUGCAUUCGUCAAUUCCUGAUAAACUACAAAGCCUAUACAAUGAUGGCUACAAGUUGGUGCGUCCCCUAUUUUGGGGAAAGAUACUUGAUAUCUACUAUAAAAAUUUGGCUGACUUUAGAACUUUAGUAAUUUUCACCAAUGAAUCCAAUAUUGAACGUUGGAAGAAUAAGAGGCAAGUAGCUGUGGACUCAAAAAUUGGACGUCUAAAUAAUUUUAUUGAGAAAGUGAAGGUUCCAGUUCAGGUUUAUAUAGCUUGUGGUGUAGGCAGUAAAUCAGGUAAAGCAGACAAAAAGGAAGAUGAUCCUUUUCGCAAACCCAAGCCAGGGAUGUGGCAUCUUAUGGAGCAACACUUCAACUCUGGCAUCGCCAUUGAUAUGGAUCAAUCCUUUUAUGUUGGUGAUGCAGCCGGGAGAGAAUCAGAUCACAGUGAUGCUGAUAUUAAAUUUGCAGAGGCCAUUGGCUUAAAAUUUUAUGUCCCUGAAGAGUACUUCGCCUGAGCAUCUAAUUUAGUCCUUGGUUCAUAGGAAGGCUAAGGUCUAAUUUACCAGCUGGAAGUAUGGAACUAGGGCUGGCCUGAGCAUGGUUUAGAAGAUUGGGAGGGACCCAAAACAAAUAUGCAGAUAUUUCAAUUUUAUUAUUAUUAUUAUUAUUAUUAUUA